AUGAAAAUUUGUUUUUAUACCUUUCUGCUUAGCAUCUUGUAUGUCAUUGUGGCAAUUUCCAAUGUACUUUGUUCAAGCGGAAAGGGCAAAGAAGUUGCAGAAAGUAGUUCCGCUGCUUCCACACCUCGCAAAAUCCCCUUCGCAAAAGGCAAUAAAAAUUACCAUCUAGCAAAAUUACACAAGCAUACGGAAUUGCGUGAGAUUGCAGCAACUUCUGCAGAUUUGCAAGAUCCAAAUCAUUACGUAGAUAUGUCGAAGAAAGAGUCUAAAAGGAGAUUCGAUAAGGUUCACAGUAUGGUUCCUGUUGUUAAUUACUUUCGCGGUAAGACUGGUAAGCAUAUUGCAACUUUGGAAAAUUUAUCAAGUGGUCAACAACUUCCAGGUAAAAAGGAUCUUGAAUAUCUCAGAAAGAAGGGGAAAUUAUCGGCAGAUCACGAACUUCCUCCACCGUAA